AUGCCGAAAAAGACAAGAAAAGAACUCAAAGAUGAACGAUUAAAAUCCAACUUGGAUGGUUCUUCUUCCGAUGAUGAUGGAGUUAGUGAUGUGAGUACAACCUCCGACUCGACUCGAUUAGCUUCCAUGGAAGAAUUAUCCAGCAAAUUCUCAGAUGCAAUUGAAUGGCUUACCGAGAAGGCAAGUGCACGCCGAUUGGAAGGCUUGAAUACGAUGAUCAAAAUUAUGAAGAUGCGCUACGUGGCAGAUUUAUUGGGUGGAAAAUUAGAAUCGGCUGUGAAUGGUGCCAUUCAAUGCUGUGCAAAGGGAUCGUCAGAAGAGUGUGUGGCUGCUUUUAAGGUAUUUGCGUUGAUUUCUGUCACAGUUGGAGGAUGUGUGAAUGAGAACGAUCGUAGACAUUUAUUCUCUUCAAAAUCAUUGAAUGAUGCCAUGUUUGGACAACAAGCCAUGCUCUCUGAAGAAAAUUCACAAAGAAUGAAAGAGAUGUUAAUAAGAAAUGCUGAUGCAGCUUCAAAAAAGAGCCAAGAGGUUAGAAGUGAAGCAUUGUUUUCACUCGGUAUUUUGGAAUUCAUGGACUCGUCACCAGAAGAUCUGAUUUUAGAAAAGGAGAAUAACAGGUUGCAAUAUUUCAAGCAAUUUUGGAAUGAUAAGGAUGAUUCGGUGGUAUCCGCUGCCAUUGAAUCAUGGGCUUUCCUUGCCACCUUGGUUCCAAACAAGUACAAGGUGAGCAUGUUGGUUCCAGACUCUUUGAAAAGUCUUCAAAAGAUUAUUGUCUCUGACUCGACCUCACCAUCACUUAAAAUUUCAGCUGGUCAAGCCGUUGCACUAUUAUUUGGUGCCAUCAAUACCAACGAAGACUAUGAUAGUUCCAUCUCUAAAAGCGAUUAUGAAUCUCUGGUGGAAGCAAUGAAUAAGGCAGCAUCCCUCUCUGGUAAGGCAGUCUCCAAGAAAGAAAAGGCCAUGCAACGAAUGAAUUUUAGAAGUUUUGUGACAACUGUAGAAGAUGGCGAGAUUCCAUCCGAUAAGCUGAAUGUUUCAGGAAAUACUCUCGUUUUUGAGAGUUGGGAUAAGCUGAUUGAAUUGGCAAAUUUCAAGAAACUGCUCGAAGGAGGUCUUUUGGAACAUUUCAAGUACAACACUAAUCUACAACACAUCUUUGAUGUGGAUCAUUUAAAUCUAGGAGUGGAACAACCAUCCACCAAAUUAAGUUCACUAGAAAAGAAGUACUAUCUCUCAAAGAAUUCCGACUUUAAUAAGAGUGACACGUUGGAAAAGAAUAAGAUGACCAGAACUUUUGCAAAUUAUGUUCAUGCUACAGGUUAUGAUGAAGAAUAA